CGUCAUGCACCACGUCAGAAGAGCCCCCGUUUUCUCGCAGGCUCCUCCACCCCAACUCCACUCCAACGAACUCCUCUGCUCUACUCAGGCUCGUCGGAAGUCGAAAGCGACAACCACGACGAUGCGUCCGCUCCGCCGCCUCGCCGUCCUCCUCGUCCUCGUCCUCCUCCCCGCGGUCGCUUGGGCCCUGGAUCCUCCCCGCUUCCCGGGGCCCCAACCCCGCGCGCGGCAGGGAGCCAAUGGGGUGGGGGGCUACGAGUACGAGACCCGGUACUUCCGGCAGCGGCUGGACCAUUUCAGCUUUCCCGGGGUCGGGGACGAGGACGAGGCGGCGGCGUUCUUCCAGCAGCGGUACCUGGUGGGCCGCGGGGGUGGGUGGGCCGGCCCCGGCGGGCCUAUCUUCUUCUACUGCGGCAACGAGGGCGACAUCGCCUGGUUCGCCGCCAACUCCGGCCUCGUCUGGGAGGCCGCCCCGCGCUUCGCCGCCCUCGUCGUCUUCGCCGAGCAUCGUUACUACGGGGAGUCCAUGCCGUUCGGGAGCAAAGCCAAGGCGUACAACAAUUCCAAGUCACUGGCGUACCUCACGGCCGAGCAGGCGAUUGCUGACUUCGCAGUGCUGCUCGCUGACCUCAAGAGGAACCUAUCCGCAGAGGGCAGCCCCGUGGUGCUCUUUGGGGGCUCAUACGGUGGAAUGCUAGCUGCUUGGAUGAGACUCAAAUAUCCACAUGUUGCUGUCGGGGCACUCGCAUCAUCAGCUCCAAUCCUGCAGUUUGAAGACAUCGUCCCUUCUACCAUAUUCUAUGAUCUCGUUUCAGAUGAUUUUCAGAGGGAAAGUUUAAGCUGCUUUCAGACAAUAAAAGACUCUUGGAGAGUAUUAGAUGAACAAGGAAACGGGCAAGAUGGUCUUCUGAAACUAAGCAAAACUUUUCACCUUUGCCAGACCCUGAAAACAAGCGGGGACCUUUCAGAUUGGUUGAGCUCAGCAUACAGUUAUCUUGGCAUGGUGGAUUACCCAAUUCCUUCAGAAUUCCUCAUGCCUUUGCCUGCAAAUCCUAUUAAAGAAGUGUGCAGGAAUAUUGACAGCCAACCUGAGGGUACUAGUAUUCUGGAACGCAUAUAUGCAGGAGUAAAUGUAUACUACAACUAUACUGGUACUGUUGACUGCUUUGAUCUGAAUGACGAUCCCCAUGGAAUGGGUGGAUGGGAUUGGCAGGCUUGUACUGAGAUGGUAAUGCCUAUGUCCUACAGUGAAAAUAGGAGCAUGUAUCCACCAUACAAAUUUAAUUACGCUUCCUAUGCUGAUAAUUGCAUCAAAAGCUAUGGUGUCAGGCCAAGGCCUCGGUGGAUUACUACCGAAUUUGGUGGGCAUAAUAUUACUAUGGUCUUGGAAAAGUUUGGUAGUAACAUCAUAUUCUUCAACGGGCUUCUAGAUCCAUGGAGCGGUGGAGGUGUCCUGAAGAAUAUAUCUGAGAGUGUCAUUGCCAUUGUGGCUCCAUUAGGAGCACAUCACAUCGAUUUGCGCCCCGCGACUCCGGAGGACCCAGACUGGCUGGUAAGCCUGAGAGAAUCAGAACUGAAGAUCAUAUCUGGCUGGUUAUCGGACUACUAUGGGGCGAGAGGGGCGCUCUUCCAGCCUGUGGCUGUCAAGGGCUCCUCAGCAUCCUAAGGAAAUUACCGUCGCUCAGAUCUAAAUACGUGGUCUCAGAAAUAAAAGGGCUCCAUCUGCAAAUGCCAAGUGCCAGCCACAACGGCUGCUGCGUCAUGAAGAAUGAAGAUCAACGCCGCUAUCGCGGGUACUGGGCUGAUGUGGGUGUCGUGCCAUAUUGUAAAUAAAGCACCUUUUUUCAAAUAACGCACUGCCACACUGCCAGUGUGCGUUUGGCGUGGCGGCGUGGGGAUAAAAGAUGACGAGCCGCCAGGGACCUGUAGGCCCGGAUGGGCCGUCAAAGUCAAACA